GGAAAAGGCCAAAAGAGAAUGCGAAUUUGGAUUCCCAAAGCUAUUUUUAUGUCCUCCUGUAGCCUCUCCCGGUCAAUCAAACUCCUUAUCCCUCCGCCAACAGCCACCGUUACCGUUCCCGCCGACACCGCCGCUUCCCUCUGUGUUCCUCCCCGGGGAAUAACUCGCCACUCUUCCGUUCCUCUCUCGAUUUUCCGGCGGCCGGCUUAUUUGUCGCUUUCGCGGCGUCCUCCGUCGCGUCGCUGUUUCUCUCUCGGGGCACAAAUGGCGGAGGAGAGCGUAUCUUAUCUCUCGCAGAAGGAGGCCGCGGAGAUUGAUGAGAUUCUCAUGGGUUCUCUUGGCUUCAGUGUCGACCAGUUGAUGGAAUUGGCGGGAUUGAGCGUCGCUGCAUCGAUUGCUGAGGUCUACAAUUCAAACGAUCAUAGUCGCAUUAUCAUUAUCUGUGGUCCUGGUAAUAAUGGUGGUGACGGCCUUGUAGCUGCUCGCCAUCUUCAUCAUUUUGGUUAUCAGCCAUUUGUUUGUUAUCCGAAGCGUACAGCCAAGCCUCUAUAUUCAGGCUUAGUAACUCAGUUGGAAUCUUUAUCAAUUCCAUUCUUGUCAGUUGACGAUCUACCUCGGAGUUUAUCUGAUCAUUUUGACAUUAUUGUAGAUGCAAUAUUUGGGUUUUCAUUUCAUGGUUCUCCAAGACCUCCUUUUGAUGAUCUUAUUCAAAGAAUUGCUUCAUUGAAAGACAUUGACAAAAAUACGAGCUCACCUGCAGUAAUUUCUGUUGAUAUUCCGUCCGGCUGGCAUGUUGAAGAAGGAGAUAUUAGUGGUAAAGGGAUCAAACCCGACAUGCUGGUAUCAUUGACAGCUCCAAAACUCUGUGCGAGGAAGUUUGCUGGUCCUCAUCACUUUUUAGGUGGUAGAUUUGUGCCUCCUUCCAUCAAAGAGAACUUUCGUCUCCAGCUUCCUCCUUAUCCUGGCAUUUCCAUGUGUGUGAGAAUUGGAAAGGCCCCUUCAGUUAACAUCUCAGCUCUUAGGGAAAACUAUGUUUCUCCCGGGCUGCUUGAAAGCCAGCUGUUGGCCGAUCCUACUGAUCAGUUCUGUAAGUGGUUUGAUGAAGCUGUUGCAGCUGGCUUACGCGAGCCUAAUGCCAUGGCCUUAUCAACCUCCAACAAAGAUGGAAAAAUUUCAUCACGGAUGGUGCUUCUAAAAGGAGUGGACAAACAAGGCUUUGUUUGGUAUACAAAUUAUGCAAGCCGUAAAGCCCGAGAUCUGGCUGAAAACCCUUUUGCUGCACUUCUUUUCCAUUGGAAUUCUUUGAACCGCCAGGUGAGAAUUGAAGGAAGUGUUGAGAAGGUCUCUUUUGAAGAUUCUGAAAAUUACUUUCACAGUCGCCCUCGUGGUAGUCAACUUGGAGCUGUUGUCAGCAAGCAGAGCACGCCUGUCGCUGAUAGAGAAGUGCUCCAUGAAGCUUACAGGGAACUAGAUUCUAAAUAUGCUGGGAGUGCUAUACCCAAACCAGAUUACUGGGGAGGAUAUCGUCUUAAACCAAACCUCAUCGAAUUUUGGCAGGGUCAACCUUCUCGUCUACAUGACCGGCUUCAAUACUUACUCAGAGAGCUGGAAGGAAAGCAUUCAUGGCAUAUAGUAAGGCUGGCCCCAUGACUUUCUCCCUUCUUCUGCUCUAUAGAAUAAACAAUCCCUUGCUUUAAAUCCUGUGUUGAUUUCGUUCAAUCUUCUGCUGCAGUACCUGCAACAUUAUAAAUUAGAUUUAAUGAUUGAAUAAUUUAUAUAUUACACCCUUGUCUUCCUAAUUCUCCAUCACCACUGCAGGAUCUAGCUGUUAAUGUGGCCUCCAUUAAAGGUUUUAAUAAUCCAACUUCUGAUCUGCAUUUCAUUUCUUCAA